AUGUGUGACCGCUCACUGGACGUGGUUCAUGGCUUGCCAGACCAAUGCCGACUUGUAGAUGUUGAGGAACUCUUUGGCCAUUUUGGCAAGGUAGACUAUGUCUUCAUUCCUCCUCCAGGAAACUUGCGUAGACAUGAGCCAGGCUUUGUCAGGUUAGCUCACUCAGAUACAGUGAAAGGCCUUGAGUAUAAAGAGAAGCCCCUGCUGUUGAAAACAGAUUUGGUCCUCUUGCCUGAUUUGCCUGUCAUCAGGCUGCGGCCGCAGAGCAUGUCUGAGAACAUGGAGGUGCAGAAGGACAUGGCCUUGGGCACUGAGAUCCCUUGGUUUUCGCUGAAUGAUAUCGACGUUGGCAAGCGCCUGGGUGCCGGGAAGUUCGGCGCAGUUUAUGUGGCUCGUUGUCGACGAACAGGCUUCAUUUUCGCCCUCAAAGUCCUGGACAAACGCCAGCUCAUCAAGCAUCGAGUUGAGCAUCAGCUCAGGAGAGAGAUCGAGAUUCAAUCGCACUGUCGGCAUGUGAACAUCUUGCGACUCUACACCUUCUUCCAUGAUCAGAAGAGAGUCUACCUUUGCCUCGAAAUGGCACCUGGUGGGGAGCUCUAUGGAUUGUUGCAAAGCCGCGGUACCUUCUCCGAGGCAAGAUCUGCAUGGUACUUCAAGCAGAUGGUGGAGGCUAUCCAGUACUGUCAUUCGAAACACAUCAUUCACAGAGACAUCAAGCCUGAGAACAUCCUGAUCGGCUUGAAAGACACGUUGAAAAUUGCGGACUUUGGCUGGGCAGUGCAUGCGCCUUCCUCUCGACGUGACACAUUCUGUGGAACCUUGGACUAUCUCCCGCCAGAGAUGGUGGUCAACAAGAAGUACCACAGCCGGGUGGAUAUUUGGGGACUUGGCGUCCUGCUCUAUGAGUUCAUGGUUGGGAAGCCUCCAUUUGAGGACCAAAGCGAGAAGGGCACUUAUCGCAAGAUCAAGAUGGGCAAUCCGCAGUUUCCUCCCACCAUGACGAGGGAGGCGAAAGACCUCAUUGCCAGAUUGCUUGCAAAGAAUCCGAGCGAACGAAUGACGUUGGAAGAAGUGUUGGCUCAUCCUUGGAUUGCUCUGAACUGCACAGGACUGGAACAGCUCGCCAAUGUUCAGCAAGUGCCAAGGUGUACCUUCACAACAGUCGGCUUCACUGCGAGUCCCGGCUUCAGUAUCAUCGCAACAAAUCAGCACAAAGCCCAGGGAGGGACAAGGUGCGGAUCAAGUGAUUGCAUGUGUGCCAGACUUUUUGUGGAAUGCUUCUCCAGGCUUGAUGCCAAGCGCAAGCUAUGCCGUGCCUUCCAAGGACUCCAAGAGGAUCUCUUGCGUCCUGCCCUCGAUCUGAGCCUGCAAUUCCAUGAGAUCUGCAAGCUCGCGUGUUUGAAUUCGUUGCGCAGGUGUCCCGCUGUUCCGGUGGCUCCAGCCGUUGCGGCUGUUCCAGCGGUUCCGGCGGUUGCGGCCGUUCCCGCCGUUGCAGCUGUACAAACACAAGUGCUUCCUACGUCGGACCAGUUUAAGGCUCGUCGACAUUCCAUGCCCUGGCAGACCAGUGCGAAAGAUGACGUCGAGAAUCGACCUAUCAAAACAGAAGGGUCAAAGGUUUCUCUCGCAGAGCAGGAAACCUGCCAAUCGGUGGCCUUCUCCUCGAUCUCAGCAAGGAAGUCCGGGGAGACGCUAAGCACUUGCCUAUCGAAUGGAACAAGAAGUUCGACAUCAACUUGGACCUCGCCCUUGAUGACCUCGCGUCUGACCCGACAAACCGGGAGUCCGCUGUUCUCACCACAGAUGCCACAGCGGACUGUAAGGAAAUCCGAGGCGCUGAGGUUCUUUCCAGCUCCAGUGAAGGUGGCAGCUCCACCAGAUGUGAACCACAUGGCGAGCCUUGAUCGAGUGCGUGCUGAGAUGAUGAACCUUUUAGAGGAGCGGGAACGAUGUCAUCAAAAGCAGCUAACACUCAUGCAGGAUUUCCAGCAGGCUCGUGAGCGAGAGCAUCAGCAGCAGUUGCAACACAUGCGGGAGUCCCACAAGGCAGACAUGCAGCGCCUGGAGGAGAAGCUCAUUCAGUUGCUUCGUCGCCGGGAGGGGCAAAGUGAGACGAGCCUUGGAAAGAGUGCUCAAACCUUGGCAGAAUCUUCUUCGGCCGCAGUGGAAGUUCGGGGAUCUACUGCUGAUGAGGAAGAGGAAGAGGACACAUUGCUGUACACUGAACCGAGUAUGGAUCACACCUUGUCACCUAUUGCGGCUCAGGAUGUGGACUGUUCGCCAGAUGCAGCAGCAGGUGCAGGAGCAAGUCCAUUGUUGAGCGAGGCUAGCUUCCCAUCUUCCGCGGUUCUUGGGUCAGAAGGUUCUCCGUUGGCAAGGACCAUCAAACUUCUGCCGCCACACUAUCCCCAGGUCCCUACGCUGCCAAAGAGAAAUCGAUGA